GACCAACGUAAUCAAACCGGAACGCCAACUCUGAACUAGGAUUAAUAAUCAACUACAUACACGUUUAUUGAUCAUCGCAAGGAUGUCAGACGCCAAGCAGAUCAUCGCUCAGAAAAGUGCUAAAAUAGCGGCUGGAGCGGUUGUGUGUGUUGAAAGCGAAAUAAGAGGAGACGUGACCAUAGGCGCUAGAACAGUUGUUCACCCCAAAGCCCGGAUCAUAGCAGAGGCCGGGCCGAUCAUCAUCGGGGAGGGAAAUCUGAUCGAGGAGCAGGCGCUGAUUAUUAACAGUUACCCGGAGAACAUCAUGCCAGACGCAGAGGGAGUGGAGCCAAAAACCAUGGUGAUUGGCACCAAUAAUGUGUUUGAAGUUGGAUGUGUCUCACAAGCUUUGAAAAUCGGGGACAACAAUGUGAUUGAGUCUAAAUCGGACCUCGGGAGAAACGUGAUCCUGACCAGUGGCUGUAUCGUGGGUGCGUGCUGCCAGGUCAACGCGUGUGAGGUGGUGCCGGAGAACACGGUGGUGUACGGCUCAAACUGCAUCCGCCGCGUGCAGAGCGAAAAGCCUCAGUCUCAGACUCUGCAGCUGGACUUCCUCAUGAAGAUUCUGCCCAACUAUCAUCACCUGAAGAAGACGGUCAAAGGAAGCGGCACACCUGUGAGGAACUGAGAGGAAGCUGGACCCCGGAGGGAUCGUAGCCUACUUCCUCCGACCCGAUCUGGCACCUGACGCCACGCGCCGACUCAAUUCCCUCAACUUGCACGUGUCUUGUUACACUUUAGGGUUCUUCUUUAACGCCUAGUGGAAUGCUUCUGCCUUUGUACAUUUCUUCCUGCAUAUGAGGAAUGCCAACAUUUGCUCUUGCACACUGUUUUCACUGUUAAGAAUUGUAAAUCUCCUGUGCCAUUUUUAUGUUGAAUAAUUCUACUCGUAUGUAUGUAUAAUCGUUCCCAUUAAAAUAUUGCAAUAGAAAUGACUGAA